CUUCAGGUAGACCGAGUCCAAAAUUCCCCGUCAUCGUGUUCAUCCACGGCGAAUCCUUCGAAUGGAAUUCCGGAAAUCCGUACGACGGCUCGGUGUUGGCUAGCUACGGCGAGGUCGUCGUGGUGACACUCAAUUUUCGCCUUGGAAUUCUCGGUUUCUUACGACCCGGAACUGGAGAACACACGGUGAGUAACUUCGGACUGCUCGACCAGAUAGCAGCACUGCAUUGGAUCAGGGAAAACAUUCAAGAGUUUGGCGGUAACCCGGGAAGUGUUACGCUGAUGGGACAUGGGACAGGAGCGGCUUGUGUUAACUACCUCAUGGUGUCGCCCGUGUCCCAGGGCACUGAUGCUGAAGGGCUGUUUCAUCGAGCGAUUCUGAUGAGUGGGACGGCGUUAGCGGACUGGGCUCUGACAGCUAGUUCAGUCAUCAGCAUCCAGGUGGCACAGAAUCUCAACUGCCCACUGACAGAGGCGAACGACGAGAUGGCAAAAUGCUUACGAAACAAGAGGCUGAACGAAAUCAUGAACGACACUGUACAAGUCCCAGAGUUCAAACCCCGAUUUGGGCCAAUGGUAGAUGGCAGUGUUGUACCGAACGAACCAUUUCAUCUUACAGGAGUUUACAAACCUGUGACGUGUUUGUGGUUCAGGUACGAGCUGCUAUACGGAGUGACGCAAAUGGAGAGCUACGGUCUCCUAGACGCCGUGUCGCUGCAGUACGGAAUUUUGGAACAGGAUCGCGACAAGAAGAUACGCACGUACGUGAGAGAUCGAUUCGAAUACGACCCCGGCCUCGGUCUGGCCGAGACCCUGAGAGCGUAUGACGUCACGAGACGCAGGAACCGUUUCCCCUCUCAGUCUGCAGCAGAGACUCACCGUGACAUCCUAUUGGACAUCCUAAGCGACGCCCGCGUCUCGGCGCCAAUGGUCCAGACCGCCAACUUCCAUUCCAGCGCCAAUCCAAAGUCUUACUUCUACGUGUUCUCUCAUAGGAGUGUUUACGGCGACUAUGCCGAGGUCAAAGUCAACAAGAGCAUCCACGGCGAGGAACUUCCCUACGUGUUUGGAAUUCCUCUCCAUCGCGUGAACUUCCCCUCGCACCGACACUUCAACGAGGCAGAGAGACGCCUCUCUGAGACCGUAAUGACGUUCUGGACGAACUUCGUUAAGACGGGGAACCCCAAUGCACCACACCGUGAGACAUACCCCUCUCACUUCGACGUCGAGUGGCCAGAAUACGACGUCUACAACCAGACGUACCUCAAUUUAGGAAUUCCAGUGAAAACUGGGCAUCACUAUCGACAAGCGAUGAUGGAUUUCUGGAACAAUCAUUUACCUGCCUUAUUGAAAAAUCCACCCCCGAAUAAAUCUGUCAAUUCUGGUAAGACGCCAGAAAUGUUACCGGAAGAGAGAUCUUCGAAUGAACCCCAGUUUUACAAACCCAUGCAGAAGGAGGAAAGUAGUUGGAAGAGAUUUCCUCCUAUUCAGGCGACGCAGACACCAGCUGUUUACGGGACAGUUGUCAGUAGUGGCAACGAGAAGUCGAGGUCUACGUCUACGGUACUCCUGGGUGUUGACAGGGAAUUUGGUUCACGUUUACCCGUCGAAAACAAUCCGGGACUAACGGACGAGCCAUCAGAAGUAGAGACCGGAAGUUCGUCAUCGUUUGCCAUGAGCUUAGUCAUCGUAAUCGGCGUUUGUCUGCUUCUGGUGAACUUAUGUGCCUUCGCGGGGCUCUACUAUCAAAGAGACAGGCUUCGAGUUCAAGAGAGACUCAUGAAGAAACGUUACGAAGACGUAGAACCGACGAACAAUGACGAACUUUAUAUGAGUCAGAGGAGAAACGAUGGCGAAGACGGAGAACACAGAACGUUAGAGACGACAGAGGUUAGAGGUGGUGUUAAGAAGAAGGCGAAACGCAGUGGAGACGAGACCUACGAAGCUGUGAGAAGCGGAGGGCGAGACGUACGAGAAAAUAUCACGCAUGAAGAUGAAGGCGGAGAGAACAGUUUCAAAAGGUGGCGACUCUCAAGGCAAUGCAGUGCGAGUACGAUGGACCCUCAUACGAAAGUGAGGGAAUGGAUCGCGCAGGAAAUAGUGAACAGGUGUUCGCCUAGAUUUUUAAGACGCACAAAGUUUCACGUUCAGCAACAAGCAAAUCUUCCGGUAUUACAGAAAGACGGAAGUUUCGAUACGUCUGUCGAUCGAUUAUCGUCAGCUGUGACCAAAACAAAAAAUCACGUACCGAAACCUAGCCUUUCAGCUCUGUCAAAGCCAGCGACGACAGCGACAACAUUAACGACGACAACUCUGCAAAGGUCGAAGGUGAAGAAGGUAUCUGUCGCUGUAGACGCAACUCCGGCCGCCCGGAGUUCGAGCGUCUUGAAACAGACGCCGAUUGAACAGAUGAGUAAAUCCUUGGAGGAGCUUGGUAAAGACAGGUGCAUCUCAGCGCACGUGGAACGAAAGAAAGGCGUGCUUAAGAGAUCAGAGACUUGUAUAGAGAGCUUAGCUACAUCGUCUUUGUCGCCAGAUCCCUCACAUUCACCGCAAAGGGACACAGUUCUCAGGAGAAGUAUUACGAGCGUAAAUUUUCAAGUCAGUUCUCCGGUCUUGAAGAAUCAAAAUAAUGGCUUGAACAUCUCUCAUCAGCAUUCAAAGUCUGAUCCAGUGCAUCAGUCAACUCAUUUCGUGCCUCAGACCAAACCUGAAGAAAGUCAAUCACAAAUUCUGAUUCCUCAAAUUUACGAUAUUUCAAUCGAUACAAAAGAAGAUGAAGCAUCUCACGUGUACAGAGACGGAUUCAAAGCAAAGCAGAUGAAGACGUUUCCCACAUCUGGCACUCACAUAAAAUUUAAAAGUGCCACGCCCAAGAAAGACGUCGGUAUUACGGCAUCGCCGGUUUCAGAUCGCUUUAAAGACGUCAACGUUACGUCUAGAGACAGCACACCUAAUGGCGACGAAAAGUUGCCAGUCGUGGAUCCACUCAAGAAAAUUCAAAGACGAAAUUUCCCCAGGGUAUUGCCGGAUUUACCCUCUGGACCGGUUAAAUCGAAUGAACACGAGAAGCAGCCGGACGUUCCGGAGCGGGAAUUAACCCCUGUUCAGGCGAUCGCCGCAAAACGUCGUUCUCUGCCACCCCCGGCGAACCUACUGGUCGGUCUUCUCGCUCCCGGGUCGGUUUCUCAACCGAGCACACCCACGGCGGCGUAUCAGAAGAACAUACAAACUCAAACUGGUCGGAUUCCACCUCCUCCACCGCCAAGAAUAUCGUCGACCCUGGGAAGGAAACCGAAUAACACGACACCAGUAACUUCUUUAGAGACGACGCACGAAUCUCCGAAAUUAAAAAAUACGACAUUAACGUCUUCCCCUCACUUUCAUCAAAGACCAGAGCCUAGAGUGAUCAUUAAACCUCAAAUGACGCACAGCGCCUCGGUAACACAACAGAGACGAGAUAAACGACAUAUUCCGAGGGUCACUCCUAACACGGAUGAUUACCCGCUGACAACGUCUCUGCGUCAGCCCGGAGUCACUCCUUCGUGUCCGUCUUUAAGCAGACAGUCGUCUGUGAAAAGUCAACACGAAAUACGACAGCAAGAACCAACGACUCGAGCCCAGGUGCACAGAGCGGCCCCAAAACCACGGCAAGACGACUCAACUCCGUCACUCCCAGAACGUGACGCUUCAGAGAAUAAGUCCUCCGUUUUAUCAGUCGAUGACACAAGUUCUAACACUGGCACGGUUAAACGUGUUAAGAAAAUUAACCAAACACGCGCGGGUAAUCAGGUAUCGAAUCCGAGUUCGAGUGUUUCUAAAGCUUGGUACACUCAGUACAACCAGUUAUUCCUCUCGAAGACCAAGGAUAGCGAUAAUUAAAGUUUAUUUCAGCAGAUAAAUCUGAUAGUACGAGGUCCAUUUUAACACGAACAUAUCUUCAAAAUUAACCGAGUUAAAAAUCUACACCACGCGAUGUAAUUGAAUCAGUCGUAAAAGAGCGUAGUUUUACGGAAUGUGACGUGUUCUUGGAAGUAAUCUUACUAUAAAGAUGACUAAUCGUGUAAAGUUUGUUCUUAAUUUAUCGUAAUUUUGAGGCAAGUAUUUGCUGUCUGUCAAAAGUCUGUGUUACUUGGAUAAUACUUCAUUGUUGAUGCAG